AUGACAAAAUAUACCAGCAUCAAUAAAUCAAUUAUAAAUUCGUCUAGUGCUACGGAAAAUUAUAUUAUUAUUUGGUUAGAUUCAGAUAUUAAUCAUACAAAUGAAAAUACAAAAAAUUCAUUUCAUAGUAUUAAACAUAUGAUUAAUUCUUUUGAAACAUUUAAUAAUAUUGAUGAAUGUAGUAAUUAUUUUAAGACAAUUAAUAAUGAACAAAUAUUUCUUAUUAUUGUCGAUUCAUUUGAUCAACAACAUAGUCAUCUUAAUAAUCUUAUUAAAGAAACAAUUCAAAUCAAUUCCGUUUAUAUAUUUUCUAAUGAUCCAUUAAAAGAAAAAUCUUGGGAAGAUGAAUCUAAAAAAAUAAAAGGAAUAUUUACGGAAAUUAAAUCUAUUAUUAAUGUAAUUGAACAAAAUAUUAAUUCAUCUAAACAGAAGUAUUCAACUACUAGUAUCAUUUCUAUGGUAGAUAUGAAUUUUGAUGAACUUCAUCCAUCAUAUAUGUAUUCAAAAUUACUUAUAGAAAUUAUUCUUAAAAUUAAUUAUGAUAAUAAAGCAAAAAAAGAUUCAUUUGAUUAUUGUCGAAAAUAUUAUGCUGAUGAUAAUGUAAUGUUAAAAGCAAUUGAUGAAUUUGAACAAGAUUAUCAAAAUCAUUCACCAAUUUGGUGGUAUACUAAAGAAUCAUCUAUCUAUAUAUUACUUAAAAAUGCUUUAAUGACAGAUAAUAUUGAUAUGAUGAUUAAAAUGGGAUUUUUUAUACGUGAUGUUCAUCAAAAUAUUAAAAAUAUCUAUUCUCAAAUUGAUCGAACUGUAAAAUUUAUUGUUUAUCGUGGACAUGAAAUGUUAGAUGUUGAUUUUGAUAAAUUUAUUAAAUAUAAAGGUGGUCUUUUUUCGUUUCAUGGUUUUUUAUCAACAAGUACAAAUCAAGAAACAGCUCUUAAUUUUGCAAAUACUGCUAAACUUUAUGAUAACAAAAUAGGAAUUCUAUUUGAAAUGAAUAUCGAUCCAUUGAUGUGUUCCAUUCCAUUUGCUUCUUUAGAUAAGACAAGUUAUUAUUUAGAAGCAGAAAAUGAAGUUUUAUUUGCUACACAUAGUAUUUUUAGAAUUGGGGAUAUGAACCAAAUUGACGAUCGAUUAUGGAAAGUCAAUUUAACAUUAACUUGUGACAUGGAUGAACAAUUGAAAAUUUUAACUUAUCAUAUACGAAAUGAGAUUCAAGGUAUAACUCCUUGGCAUUCUUUAGCUACAUUUUUGUAUAAAAUGGGUAAAUAUGAUGAAGCUAUAGAAAUCUUCAAUAGAAUAGUAGAGGUAACUAAUGAUAACGAUAAUGAAAAAUUUAUGACUACAUUAUCUUCUACUUAUAAUAAUAUUGGUUUAAUGUAUGAUUCAAUGGGAAAUUAUUCUGAUGCACUGUCAUGGUAUGAAAAGGCACUUGAAAUACAAAGUAAUUCUCUUCCUUCUGAUCAUCCAUCAUUAGCUACUGUCUAUGAUAAUAUUGGUAUGGUAUAUCGAUCAUUAGGAGAUUAUACAACGGCACUUUCAUAUUGUGAAAAAACACUUGAAAUACGAUUGAAAUCUUCUUCAUUAGAUCAAAUAUCGUUAACCAAUGUUUAUAGUAAUAUUGGUAUGGUAUAUGAAUCAAAAGGAGAUUAUUCAAAUGCUCUUUCAUACUAUGAAAAAGCUUAUGAAAUUCAAAAAUCUUCUUUUCCACUUGAUCAUCCAUCUUUGACUCUUAGUUAUAAUAACUUCGGUGGAAUAUAUAGUUUAAUGGGAAACUAUUCAAAUGCAUUGUUAUAUUAUACAAAAAUAAUUGAAAUUCAAGAAAAAUCUCUUCCAUCUUAUCAUCCAUCAUUAGCAUUUACGUAUAAUAAUAUUGCUCAUGUAUAUCAAUUAAUGGGAAAAUAUACUAUUUCACUUUCAUACUAUGAAGAAUCACUUAAAAUUCAAGACAAAAUUUCUUCACCAAAUCAACUUUCAUUAGCAAGUACAUAUAACAAUAUUGGUUUAAUACAUCGAUUUAUAGGAAAUUAUCCAAUUGCACUUUCAUAUUUUGAGAAAACAUUAUUAAUUGAAGAGAAAUCUCUUAAAUCAGAUCAUCCAUCAUUAGCUCUUACCUUUAAUAAUCUUGGUACAGUAUAUCAAUCCAUGAAAGAAUACUCAACUGCACUUUUAUACUAUAAAAAAACAUUAGAAAUAUGGCAAAAAACUCUUCCGUCAAAUCAUUCAUCUUUAGCUGCUAUUCAUAAUAAUAUGGGUAGUGUAUUUGAUUCAAUGGACGAUUAUAAACAAGCACUUUCAUAUUAUGAGAAAUCAAUUGAAAUUCAACAAGCAUCAUCAUUUACAAAUCAUCUAGAUCUCGCUAGUACAUAUAAUAAUAUAGGUGAAGCAUAUAGAUCAAUGAAAGAUUAUCCAAAUGCAUUAUCAUACUAUCAAAAAACAUUAGAAAUCGAACAGAAAUAUCUAUCUAGUACUAAUCCAUCAUUAGCUUUUACUAUGAGUAAUAUGGCUGUAGCACUUGAGGCUAAUAAUCAAUAUGAAGAAGCAUAUGAAUAUGCUGAACGUGCUGUUGAUAUUUUCUGUCAAGCAUUUGGACCUAAUCACUCUCAAACAAUAGUAAAUCAAAAAUAUUGCGAUCAACUACGUCAAAAACUGUUACCAGUAAACUAA